AUGCCGGAACACUGCGGCUGCUAUGAUGACCGCAAAGAAAUUUUGUUAAUACGAUUUUUGAACUGCCUAAGGUUAGUAGAACUGGGAAAAGCUUCCUCUUGUAGAUUGUUCCACAAUCUCGACCCCCUCGGGACAAAGGAGCGGUCAUAUCGGCCAGUUCUGGAUGUACGAAGUUCGACACGGUUAGGAUGGGACGCCAAAGUCAGGCGGGUCUGAAUGGCAGGCACAUCGCGCGGCGGUAUCAUGGAAGAGAGCUCUGAAUAGCAAAGCCCGUUGGUGUAGCGGUAGAAAAGAGCUAGAUCGCCGACGGCCCGCCGGUGCGAAAGAGAAGAGUCAUCGAUGGACAAUGUAGUCGGGGCGGCAGCACCCCAAACGUGUGAGCAAUACUCGAGGCUAGGCCUUAUCUGGGCCUUGUAUCAAUGAUCAAAUCAUCCGCAGACAGAUUUUUAUGUGUGACGGGCCUCGGCUAUUUAAAAGCCAGAAGUAGUAUCUUAAGCUGGUUUUCAAAACUAAAAGUUCAUAUUGCAUAUACAUAUUGUACUUUGACAAUGGCAGCAUGUUUGUAUGUAUGUACCUGAACACUAAAAAGAUUACAUGUGCGAUUUGGUAUUUAUUUAUCCAACGACUAUACUUGAGCAACAAUAGGACAAAUAGUUUCAGCAUGUAAUAUCGUAAUGUAUAAGACGAUUUUGAAGUCCAGUUUGCUAUACCCAAAAUAAAAUCUUACUAUUUUCCUUUAUGCAGUGAAGCAGAGCCGGAAUUUAGUACACAUGGGCAGCUAAUUUCCGGGCCACCCAAUUUGUUUAAGAACGGUUUUCCAAUUAACUACAGUACUUCCUAAAAAAUUUUACAUGCAAGAAAUCUAACUAUUCAAGAUCAAUAAUAUAUAUUAUUAUUAUUUAAUAAAAAAUAAUAUUAUAUUAUAUCAAUAUUACCUUGAAUUAAAAUAAAUAUGAAAGGUAAAUCUGAUGGCUCCGCAUAUAAGGCUGAUGAAAACUUCUGGAACAAUUACACUAAUUUGUCCAAAAAAUAAUAUGUAUUUUAUCAAAAUCAAAACGAGACAUAUCUGUUCAUACAAAAUAGUGUAUAAAUGUCAUGACACAAUUAUUAUAUUAGUAUAAAGUGAUCCCAAUU